CUAGUUGUAUAGACGGAAAACGUAUUCAAAUACGGUAGUAAUAGAACUCUAGUGCUAAUUAAGCUCCCGUAUCUGUGUGUGCAGUUUGACAGCAUCAAUUGAAUUGGUUUAUAUGAUAUUUGAGGCGAUGCAGAGUGUCUUGUAAGAAAUGGACCCAGGUGAGACGGCAACAGCUUUUGCUUAUGCGAGUUGGUCAUGGACGGUGGUGUGCCUUUUCCUAUCAGGUAUUUUUUUUGGUUCAUUCAUAUCAGGCAUGUUACUCAGUUGGAAAGCCUUACUCAGCAGCAAGUUCCGGGCUCUGCUGGGUUACCAAGAUUCAGAUUCGGGCGAGGAAGGCAGCCGGUUGGGCCAGGAAGUUUCGGCUUCUCUUCAUUCUCUGGGUUCAAAUAUCAGCAAAGACAGCUCUCUUAUCCAGCAGGCAGAUUCAGCAUGCUAUCAUCUUCCUCCGGAGUCAAAGUCAAUUAUCAGUGAGAGGAGUACGUUUUAUAAGCGGGGUUAUAAAUAUGAUGUGUAUCUGAGUUUCGCAGGUGAUAAAAAAUGCAUUAGUUUUAUUAAUUAUCUUAAGUAUCAUCUCUUGAAAGAAGAUAUUUUGGUCUAUAGAGACGAGGUGGAUUUACAGAAAGUAGAUAUAAUCACAGCACCGUUCCGGCAAGGAAUUAAAGAUUCACGGAUUUCUAUCGUUGUCUUCUCAAGACAUUUUGCUAGCUCAAUUUUGUGUUUGGAAGAACUGGUUGCUAUAGUUGAUUGUCACAAAGAUAAGAAGCAGGAACUUGUCCCAAUUUUCUAUGAUGUGGAUCCACGUGAUGUUCGACAUCAAAGUGGGGCAUGCAAGUUUGCCUUUGAUUCUCUAAGGAAGAGAGUUAAAGAUUAUCCUGACAAGAUCUACAAAUGGAAGGGAGCAAUGACGUAUUUGGCAAAAUUAAGUGGUUUUCAUUUAACACAUCAGGCAAAAGCCGAAUGGAUUGAAAGAAUCGUUGAGGAGGUGUCGGACAUACUGGUUUAUAAAUUCCAAAGGACAAGGUCCACUGAUAAAACUCCAGGAUUCACUCAAAGAAGACCAUCAUUGCAGGAAGUCAACAAAUAUGACGUGUUUCUCAGUCUCAGACGCACCCACACUAGCUACACACUUAUUGACAAUCUUUACCAUUGUCUCACCAAGGAAGGAUUUUCCACCUUCAAGAGUGACGACAAGAUUCAAAGAAAAGAAUCCAUUCCGUCACAGGUCCUCCAAGCAAUCAAAGAUUCGCAGAUUCUUAUUGUUGUCUUCACAAGAGAUUAUGCUGACUCAACAAGCUCUUUGGAAGAAAUAGCUACCAUAGUUGAAUGUCACCAGGAACCAAAACAAACUAUCAUCCCAGUUUUCUUUGAUGUGGAUUCCAUGGAUGUUCGAAGACAAACUGGCCCUUACGAGAAAGCCUUCACUUCGUACACAAAGGAAUUCAAACAAGAUCCCUUCAAGGUUCAACGGUGGAGGUCAGCUUUGAAGCGAAUGGCCAAUUUGAGUGGUGUGGUUCUAAGAGAUGAGUACGUAUAUAAACCAUAUUUUACACAAUCUGUACUCUGUUGAGUAUCUCCAGGUCAUAUAACUUAUCUUGUGUAAACCACUAAUCAUUCCACGUUAAAUCAGGCAAACUCUGCAUUCUUACCAUAAUAAGUUAAUCUAUUACAAAUCAUCUUCAAAAGUAUCUA